AUGAAGGCUACGCCUACCUCGCGUCGCCAUUGUUUUUGCCAAGCAGCGCGAUCUAGAAUCAACUCAACGGUCGUGCUUGUGUCUUUGCAAGAGCCUCGCGUGGUUCAGCCCAGGCUCCAUUCAGGUUCGCUCUCACGGGAUCACGUUGAGAGCGGCCUCCGGCAAUACCAAACUAAGAAGCCGAGGCCCUCUUUGACGACCAGCUGCACGGUACAGCUCCCAGGCGGGCCGGGCCAUGAGUCGUCGUCGUCGUUGGUGCGGCGUCGCCGGGACCUUCACGAGCAUGUCAUUGUCAGUCGUCGGGCUGUCACUUCGACGGCAUUCGUUGCUUCGCAUCAAUCAGCCGCGACCCAGGCCAGCCUCAACUGA